AUGAAAGUGGUCAGAUUUUUACUGCUCUGCAUGCUUGUCGCAGUAACCUAUGCUAAUCCAGCAGUGGAUAAUGGAGGCCCCGUCAAUCAUGUGGUACCUGCAGCCGCCAGUAAAACGGCUCUCGAGGAAUCGUUUGUAAAGCGCCUAGGGGCGAAAUGUACCCAGAAGGAUAAUAGCUCUUGUGUGAUGCUAAAGUUCGUAAACUACAUGAACCGAUUGCUGAAGAAGACCAGCAUUAGCCUAGGCGAUAGCGUCGAACUGUUGAAGACCAGAUCCGACACCGACCAAUCGGACGAUCCGGAGGAGCUAUCGGUGUUAAACCGGUCCAGCAGUUCUGACGAUCACAAGCUGAGUGUUAUCGUGGCGGAUAAGAUUUGGCGCUUCAUCCAGAGUCGCAGUGUCAAGUGGAAGGCCUUCCGAUCGGCCGACGUAGUGGUGGCUUCCGAUGAGGGUGGUAAGGUAAACUUUGGCCUCUCACUCGACACCAGGAAGCUGGUGGAAGAAGGUCGUGGCCGAAUGAAACACUAUGCUCCCGUCCUGAUGGCGUUUCUGAUGAAAGCUGGUUUGGUGGGGGCGUUCGUUCUGAAGGGAGUAGCACUGCUAGUCGGAAAGGCGCUGCUGGUCAGUAAGUUGGCCCUACUGCUUGCCAGUGUGAUUGGAAUCAAGAAGCUGCUCGCAAAGAAGCAUGUAACGUACGAAGUGGUAGCUCACCCGCCGGAGCCACAUCACCAUCUGGACACGUACAGCUCGGGUUGGGCUCGGACUUUCGACGGUUUCGUGGAAUCAUUUGCCAAAGGAUUGGAAAGCAAUCUGCAGAAGGAUGCUGACGAGAUGGCGUACGCUGGACAGAUGCCGCAGUGACGGACAUGCGGCAGCUGAACUCCUUAUUUCAUAAUCCCCUCUUUCCUCGGUCGAGGGUCGUGUUCACUUUUG